AUGUUAUCCGUCUGGGUGGAACAGGGAGGGCCGGAGGUGGUGGCGGGCGGAUCCCCAUCCUCUCCCUCCCUCUUUGCGUCGCAGGAGCGGGGGAAGAUCGGCGUGAUCUUCAACGUGGGGACGGACGACAUUACCAUCGACGAGCACGCCGUCACGGUGAGCGAUGGCAAGUACCACGUGGUGCGCUUCACACGAAGCGGUGGCAACGCCACCCUCCAGGUGGACAACCAGCCCGUCAUCGAGCGAUACCCAUCAGGGAGCUUUGAUAAUGAACGCCUGGCUAUUGCUAGACAAAGAAUCCCAUACAGACUUGGUCGGGUAGUUGACGAGUGGCUACUCGACAAAGGGCGACAGUUAACCAUCUUCAACAGCCAGGCUUCAAUAAAGAUUGGGGGCAAAGACAGAGGUCGGCCUUUCCAAGGCCAGAUCUCGGGCCUCUACUAUAAUGGCCUGCAAGUGCUGAAGCUCGCAGCCGAGGGAGACCCCAAUGUGCAGUCAGAGGGGAACCUGCGGUUGGUGGGGGAUGCGCCAUCUGUGCUGACUACCGAAACCACCUCCGCCACCCCUCUGGCAGAUAUGUCCACCACCAUCAUGGAGACCACCACUACCAUGGCCACGACCACCACCCGCAAACAGCGCUCACCCACCAUGAGAGACAGUGUUACUCAGAAUACAGAUGACAUUCUCGUGGCAUCGGCAGAAUGCCCCAGCGAUGAUGAAGACCUAGAGGAGUGUGAGCCAGGAACCGGAGGAGAAUUAGUGUUGCCCAUAAUUACAGUGGACUCUCUAGACCACCCGUCUAUCGCCACCCGUUACCCCGUCAUCCCCCCGCCCCCCACCUACCGCCCCUUCCUCACCCUGCUCGAUACCACCAAAGAGUCCCUGACCCUGGCCAAUGCCCGCACCCCCUGCCCCAUGGACCAGGAGGACUGUGAGGACCCUAUUGAGGUGUCGGCCUACGGCUCGGGGGAGAUGACCGAGUCCGAUGACGAGGAUUAUUAUAAAAACUCCCCCCUCGUCACCGACAGGACGGUCCUGCCGCCUCCCCCAGCGGCGGAGGGCGGCGUCCAAAAUCCCCGCGACCGCCACUUCUCCAGGCCCCCAAACUCAAACCGCCCCCCGCCCUCCUCCUCCACCACCCCUACCGCAAAUCCUGCCCAGCUGCCCCGCCCCAAACCCGGUGGCGGCAGCCACAUACCCGCAGGCAAAAUGAACACCCGGGACCAGGUCCUGCUACCCCCGGCACCCCCGUCCUACGAGCCGGACCACGGCGGGCGGCACCGGCACGGCCCGGGAAUAACCCACCCUCCCAAUUUUCGCAAUGUGCCCACAGCCAACCCCACAGCCUCGGGAGAGAGAGGCCCGCCCGGCGCCGUGGAGGUCAUUCGGGAGUCCAGCAGCACCACGGGCAUGGUGGUGGGCAUCGUGGCAGCCGCCGCCCUCUGCAUCCUCAUCCUCCUCUACGCCAUGUACAAGUACCGCAACCGUGACGAGGGCUCCUACCAGGUGGACCAGAGCCGCAACUACAUCAGCAACUCAGCCGCACAAAGCAACGGUGCCGUGGUCAAGGAGAAGCAACCAGGGGCCGCCAAGACUGCCACCAAGAACAAGAAGAACAAAGACAAGGAGUACUACGUCUGAGAGCGGCCCCAGGGAGAGAGAGAGAGACAGAGAGAGAAAGACACAGAGAGAGAGAGAGGGAGAG